AUGGAGGAUUUGGACGCCUUCAUCUCCCAACCCACCAAUCCCUUUAGUUCUAAAGUUUCGCAGGACCUCCUGCAACUAGCGAUGAGCGGUUCUGUCGGCCUGUUUGGCCAUCUCUGCUGGUCUGACUCUAAGGGAGGCUGUAAGGGAGAGUUGCACUCGACGUCUGCGUCUCAGCCCGAGCUACAGAUUGCCAAUGUGGGCGACUGUGCAGCGUUGUUGGUGUCUGAAGAUGAAUCCGGUUAGUGCAGACACAAUUUAUACUUUUUACUUUUGUUCUCAGGACUGCAUUGUUCGGCCCUCUGUCCUUUUUUACUCUCCUGUACUGUGUUGAAUCCCACUUUUGCCCAUUUUGACUUGCUGUCCGAUGCCCACACGACGACCACGAUUCUAGUAUUCGUAACAUACUCUACUACUUGGAUCAUUGAAAGUAGUGAUACUAUUGUGAGCAAAGGUUUACGGUAGUACUGUGCGAAGGAUGUCUCAAAGACUAGCGGGCACCUUCUCAAGAACAAGGCUCUGCGGUAAUACUGUGAUCACUUUUAAAAUAAGCCAAACAGUGUCAUACAGAUGAAGCAAAAGUGAUCAAGGGUGCUUACCGCAUGACUACUUAACUUUUCUGCAGCGUUUUCGUCGUCUGUUCGACUCCCGAUAGCAGGAUCCUAGGCCCUUGGCGUCGGUAAAUCGACAAAUAUAUCGUUUUAUUUAACACCCACUAGGGUACUAUCACUUCUGGUCUUCCACUGGCCUCUCAUUGAUCUCUCAGAUUCGGCCCGAUACCCCUGCUUCGAGCACUGUCGGAGCUAGCAUCCCCUUGGGGUACGAGUUUGGCCAUCGUGGUAACGAUGACGAUUUGCCAUUAACGGUCCACGCCUUCGGGUAGGCUGAGCUUUCGGCUGUCUUACACUACUAGGAGGUGUCUCCGAUGGACAACCAGCACCUCACCUGAGACACACUCCGUUAUCCACGGUAACAUUAGUUUCCAAGCCGACCGCUGAGCAUGACACAGGCGUCACACCCUGUAGCAGCAGCGGCAGCAGCAGCAGCAUAAGAAGAAGACGGAUGCCUUUGUUUAUUUCGUGGCGUACGCUGAUCUGUAUCUACUUGUGGUGGGGCCAGUGGCACUUUCAAGUGUUCAUUUAGUUGUUUUCCUGAUGUUGUGGGAAGUACUUCAGUGCUGUUUCGUUUUUAUCGUGAUAUGACGUCCUUCAGGCAGGCAUAAGCUAAACGAUUUCGCGAAGGCUUGUCAACUGCUACCUGUCGUUGCAUAACAUUGAUAACGAACAGGAAGUAUAGCGAUAAGUAACGGCUUGUAAGUCAUUGCGAAUGACUUGUCUUUAGUCGCACUUAAUCCAUUGUCCUUGAACUUACGAGCGUGCUGCGUUUCGUUGGAGAGGAGCAGUGUUGUCGGUCUGGGGUCCAAGGCAGGACUGUUCUAUCGCCUUACACUAACCUCCUUGUAGUCCCGGAGAGCUAUAGCCAUGAUUUUGCCUAAGACAGUUGUAGAAGCUUGAGGGGAACGGUUUUUUUCAGAUGACAGGGUAGUCAUUUACCUCACAGUAUGCCUUAAUGCAUUGGCUUGCAUGCAAUCAAUACCCAUCUAUCGCGGUAAGGGGCCUUGUCUCCUUCUAACUGGUUUCCUAAACCGUACAAAUUGUACCUCUGCCGAUGGGGUUGGAUGCUACUGCAAUACCAAAACUGUUGACAACAGCUUUUCGAGUAAGGCUAUGCCCCUCUUCCUGUCGUGUUAAUCGCUGUCCUGGUUUCUUUAUCACUUUUUGAUUUUAAUCGAGGGGCAGCGUGAAGAUGGUCACGAACUUUCUUCAACUAUAAAUCGCUCUCGUUCCAUACUACGUUGCUUCCCUUUUAUAAUGCACAACAGAAUUACCGCAUUUUCGUGAUACAUUAUUAUAAUUUCGCUUGUUGAAAGCGCUGAUUCGGAUGCAGCAGGUCCACGUAGCGUCAGUCUUACCUCUCUCUCUCUCUCUCUCUCUCUCUCUCUCUCUCUCUCUCUCCCCACACCUACUGCCUUUGUGAUUUUAAAACAAAGUCAAAGAAUACUGGAGAUGGAAACACUACCAGCAGCUGACGAGACUGAAGUCAUGUUUACGCGUUGGCACAUGUACCGGCUCCCAGCAUCCCACAGCCUAACCAGCAGUUUAGAGCUCCACUCUACGAGAGUGCUGCAAUUUUCACACGACGGCGCAACCAUUGCAGCCUGACCGUUAAUGCACCGCAGUAGUUAAACGGCAUCACCGCUCGUUUGUAGUAGGUAAGACGCCGAAACGCCGGAUCGACCUCACACUCUCCCCCACCUCCCUUCUCUCUCAGUUGUAUCGUGUAGUUAACGUGAGCAGCACCCACUAAGAAGGCCGUGCUGGAGGUUGUCGGUAGCCAGGGGUUAAGAUGACUGGUAAAUUUGUCCCCCCCCACACAGCAUGUGCGACUCGAGGCGACUUUCUCGUUAUGAGUGAUCGUAUGUUAUUGCCGACUGAUCAAGACGAUGAGCACAAGUGACCCGGUUGAGCAGUAGUGAUUUGCGCGUGAGUUGGCUUUUUGUGAGGAGGACUUUCUCAGCCCCCCCUCACUCCCCUUAUUUCCACGUCCACCGUGGUUCAGUGUCAGGGCUGCCCGAAGGCGACCACACGUGCUGGCCGGUCUGACGUGUGCUGCAGCCCUUCAGGUGUCUCCCAAUAGCAACGUCGAGACUCAAACCCGGGUGUUGGAGUAACAUGCGUGGACUGACACUUAGAACUGAGGAUAUAAGUUGACUGGGGUUGGUGUUUGAGCUUUUGCUCGACGUUUGGGCAGAGCUCGUCAUAUUUAAGACCAUUAUGCCACCACAAUAACCCAAUACGCUCGUCGCUCGCCAUGGUUAACUGCCUCCCUGGAGUCGCGCUGUACCAAAGGUUGCAAGACUUGUGAGCCCUCAUAUGGAGGAAAUUUUUAGAUUUAAAUUUCUUUAUUUCUUCAAUGGGUUUUGACGCGCCGAGUCUUUUAGCCGACUGCCUGUGUGCCAUCCUGCGUCAAGGUUUGUCGACAGUUUUCUCAAAGAAAUCACAGAAAGUUCGGGUUGUAAUGAUAAUCACAUUGAACUUUUCGUUUGUCCACCUACCUUUCUCAAAGGCUUUAAAUUGCAUAGCAUGUGUUUAUUUGGAGAGAAAAUUACUUUUUAACACAAUUUCCCACCGCUUUUCUAUGUCCCGCUGGAGGACCGCACGCAAGGUAGUUUUGAUGUGUUUCGACAUUGAAUAGAGGGCCUAGAAGAGCCCUUACGGCGGGUUUCCAUGCAACACAGUUUCAUUAAUCUGCACACAGUUACGCGUCACCCUCUGAUGAAAGACUUCCUCAGCGGCCUACCAGACAGCACAGGGGAAACGCCGCGAGACCACCGAUGAGACGAUCCUCUCAGCGACAGAAAAUCGUUGAAACACGUGUCGGGGUCUUAGACAUUCAACAUUCGCAUAUUGUCGACUGCCUAUUAGCGGCUUAGUCCCGAAGGAUUUACUUCAAAUUCGCGCAUUUACUUUCAUAGGAAAGUAAAAAUCUGAACAGCGGGGUAAUUAACAUCACUUCCCGGCCAGCCAUCAUGACCGGUUUGGCGUCAUUGUUGAGGACCUUGCUGCCACAAGGCCAUCCACCCUUUUGCAGUGAGCCUUUCGAGACGCGCUGAUCUGAAGUCACACGGCCGACAGCUCAGGCAUACCUGCGUCCGCACAGCCGCAGCUGCCCAUGCGGCCACUUGAACGCGCCGCCUUCUGCAACCAGCACAACAACCCACUAGGACACCACCCCUUCGGCAAAUGCAACACACGCUGACUGGACACCACUUGAGCUUGGUCCACGAGCCUACAAAAGCGGCUGAUACCACUAUCUCAAGGACUCUCAGGCAUGACUGGACGCAGUCAACGCCAGCCGUGGCUUCGCCAGUGGCCACUGCCGCCUGAGAGAACAACUCCGGGUUUUGGGCACAAUGAUCCCCCCAUUCCGGUGCCGUUUCUCUUCUUCCAACACUAGGAUUUGCCCCGAUUAUAGUAGUGCUCAGACUGCACACACUCACGCCGCAUAACCACUACAUCCUUCACCCAGAGUAACUUAACAGCCCUUUCAAAUUGGCUAUCCUGUCGUUUCACCCUUUCCCCCACCUUUCAGCCGGACUGAAAUCCACCCCACUGACUACUGCCCACGCUGGCGCCACUAACCCCGACGAGGUUGCGCGCCUACUGGCCCAACACCCGGAGGAUACCCGCAAGCAAGUUCUUCGCAACGGUGGUCGCCUGCUGGGCGAGUUGGCCCCCUCGCGGGCCUUUGGCGACGUCCGUUACAAAUGGCCGGCCAAACGGCUGGUCCAGUUGGCCAGAUAUUUUGGCGCCGAACAGGCCACAUACUCGGAGAGCAUAGUUCCGAUGGGUCCUUGGGCGGGCCUUCCAGCUCUUCCUUCACCUUAUUCCAGUCCGCCUUAUCUGACGGCCAAGCCCGAUGUCAAAACUGUUCGAGUAUGUGUCCGACGCUUUUUGCAAUUGCUCGAAUGUGACCUAUCGGUGGCAAACGUCUGUCUAACUGCAUUUGCUCGUUUUCGUUGCUGAUGUACAGCGGCGUGACCGAUCUCAUGAAAUGUUGACCGAAAUUUUGAAACGCCUUUUAGAUUAGGAAGGAUUUCUUAGGUGAGAUUGUAAUAAUGAUUAUCUUGCGGCACAAUCCCAUGGUAUUUCUGACUCAUCAGGAUGUCGGCUUUCAAAUGCACUUCCUUCCGACUUACUGCAGAAGUCGUACUUGGCUAAAAAUGACUACUCAAGUAACAUGACUUUUUCACAUUGAUUUUCGAUGGUCUUAUAAAUUCAAAUGUAUUUUAAAGAAAACAUGCAAAAAAUAUGCUUUCUUUCACUCGUUUGGUAGGAAAUCACAUUGUCUGCACAUUUUAUACCUGAAGAAAGUGUAUAUUUAGGUUUUGAAAACGUUUUCCGAUUUCCGAAUAAUUUUGGGUCAGAUCAACCGUUGCAUUAGCGUUGAGCGAUUUCAAUUUGCAAGAUGCAUGCUUUCCGCGUGAGAAAAGUCUUAUAUUCCUCUAUGCCUUUAAGAGUUCAUAAAAUUUUGCCAUGGAUGCGGGCUUUGUUGUACAUUUCAUGAGCAACAUUGGUAAACGGACAUGUGCGAUGCUGUAUGUGUGGACAUCAUAAUAAGAAACUUUUAAAACCGAAAGAUAAUCUUUCUUAGGGUACAAAAUGUGAAGACAAUGUGAUUUUCUACCAGACGAGUAUAAGAAUGCGCAUUUUUGUGCACGUUUUCUUUAAAAUUCACUCGAAUUCAUAUGACCAUAGAAAACCAAUGUGAAAGAUGCGUGCUACUUAAGUAGUCAUUAUUAACCAAGUGGUCGUGGCGAAGCAUGUAGUGUAUCAAUCUAGAUGGAGAUAAUAGUUGCAGGUUGAUGUUGAAACAAAGGAUAGUUUCCUGUCCACGGGUGUGGCCUCCGCGUGCCGGAUCCGGUUGCAGCUCACGGUACACAUUGUCCCUCAUUGCCGAUAGAAGCGAAGAUACGAACUCCAGGCAGCAAUUUAGAAGGAGAUACAAUCGUCCGACCUUUGCGAUUCUCUUUCAAGCCUUUUGGUACGGAUGGUAGAAUACACAACAUCAGUGAGGAGGAAUGAUGCAAACUCGCAAGUCGCGGCGCAUUUGACGGGACCCAACCACACGUUCAGGCCCGACGAGAUCGCACGUUCUCGCUGGAGGUGACAACCGAGUGAUUCGCGAGCUGCUUGGUUUAGGGUUUCCCAACUCGCAAUCGAGUAACAAGCACAUUGGCCUUCCUCUCCUUUGCCUGGGCAGAAUAAUUAGCCACGUGGGGAAAGCGCGGGCGAAUACCGUUCCCAGUGCAAGUGUCGAUGGGCCAAAUUUCCAAACCUUUAUCACAUUCUUAACCGACACGAGUAGUCGAAAUACGGCCAUUAACAAUGCGGCUACGUGCGGAGCCGGUAGUUAUGAUAGGUAUGCGCUGGCAUGGCGACUGUAUCCUAUGAACACUGCUGCUCUUCUGCACCCAUCACUCCUACCUGGUGCAGUCGCUUUGGAUUGGUUCGAGCGUGAAUGAAAAAUGUCAGGUGAAUUUAACUUCCCCCAGCAAUCGCAUCGGGUUUGUAGGUAUUGGAAAUAACCGACUGAGAACUACUGACAGAGGGGCAUAGGCGCCAAAUGCGGUACAGAGUUCGGGCCCGAAGUCGCAGGUAGCACCCCAUACCCUCCUCAAGCCGGCUAAUCAAGGUCGCACUCCACACAGGCAAGGUCCUGGGCUGAGGCAUUGACUACGUAACAACAGUCAUCCCGUCGGCCUACCUGUGGCUAUUGGCCAACUACCGCCACUUGUGAUAAACUACACGGUCAUAGUGUCUACAUGGUAGAGACCGUUCAGCAAUUAUGCAUUAGCUCCAUGCCGGAGUCGAUCCGUUGAACCUGAUGAGGAUGAGUCUAGAUAGUUCUUUGAGACAGUAAAUGUCAAGGAAACGUAUCACAGUUACCGCAACUUCUUCAAAUGUUAUUCAAUCUCGAGAUCAAAUUAUCUCCUAACAUUAAAUGUAUCACGUGCAUCUCUUCCAGUAAAUAUUAUUGGUUUCAUACAGCCACACAAUAUCUGACAAAAUAUCCAUGACCGAUGGAAUUUCUCUCGGAAUGUUACUUAAAAAGAAGCCUGGAAAGAUUGCAAACCGAAAGCUGUAAUGACAUUCCGCCGCCUUAUUUAUGAAAUGUAUUCCGUUUUCCGGCAUAUUUGAAAGUCCAAAGCAUGAGUAAAUUUCAGAAAAAACGAAAGAGACUGGGAUAGUCGUUUCCGGCUCGUCAGCUCUCGUCAGUUAGCCAUGCACCCAACUCAAGUUUUGGACGGCUCCGGAUCUGAACCUGGUCUCUUUGAUCAUUUGACGUUUUUAAGUCCAACUCUCCGCACCAUUAAGUCUAGACUCUCGCCCGCAACCAUAUCACUAGAAAUUGUCCCCUCCCUGCAGUUAAAGCCCUCGGAUCGCUACCUAGUCAUGGCCACGGACGGUCUCUGGGACGUGGUCACGCCGGAGUCGGCUGCCGCAACCCUCUCCAGCCUGCAAAAGGGCCAGUGUCCCGCCUCGCGCCUCCUGCGCACCGCCCUCUCCUUCCUUGGGCCGCACAUGGCUGCCUCCCAACUCCUGCGGCGUGGUAGAAGCCAACGAGGACAGGGACCUGCUGGUCUCAACGCAGAGGACUCAGAGUGCUCCAAGAUGGUGGCUGCUCUGCUGGCCUUGCCACCGGGCCUGGCGCGUUAUUAUCGCGACGACAUUACUGUUGUGGUGGUAGAAUUGCAGGUGCCUGAGACCUGA